UUCGUAUUUAUACUUGAUCCAGUUGGGGUUGGCCCAAGCCUAGGUAGUACUAUGCCACUGUUUUAGUUUGGAACAUUUGUAUUCGUAUUUCACUCCAUUGUUGCAAAACUAAAACCAAAACCAAAAACCCAUAAAACAAUGAGAUGAGGAGAGCUCCUUGGCCAUGGCCACGAAACUCCCUACUCUCUUCCUCCGAACUGAAAAACCACCAUGGUUCGAGUCUGCCACCACUAUUGCUAUUUCCAAUCUAGUCCUCUCCAUCCUCUACAAAGCCACUCCUAACCAACCCGCCUUAGAACGCUUACUUCCCCAUCUCUCUUCCCACAUAGUCGCCUCUGUCAUUCAACAAAGCCCAAAUCCCAAACUGGCUUUCCACUUCUUCAUCUGGGCUUCCCAAACCAAACGCCUCCGUAGCACUUUCUCUGACUCUCUUGUCCUUCACAUGCUCGUUAAGGACCAUCCUCAUUCCUUUGACUUGUACUGGAACACUCUUCAAGACCUCAAAAACUCUGGCUUUCCAAUCCCUUCUGAUGCUUUUAGGGUCUUGAUUUCAGGCUAUGAUCAGAUGGGUUUUGCUGAAAAGGCUGUGGAAGUCUUUUCUACCAUGAAAGAUUUUGACUGUAAGCCGGAUGUUUUCACUUACAAUUCUGUUUUACAUGUUAUGGUUCAAAAGCAGGUGUUUUUGUUAGGUCUGGCUGUUUAUAAUCAGAUGUUGAAGUUAAAUUGUAAUCCCAAUGUUGCUACUUUUAGCAUUUUGAUUGAUGGGUUUUGUAAAUCUGGCAAGACUAAGGAUGCACUACAGUUGUUUGAUGAAAUGACUCACAGGGAUAUUUGGCCAAAUGAAAUAACUUAUACUAUUAUUCUUGUCGGGUUGUGUCAGGGGAGGAGGCCUGAUGAGGCACUUAAACUGUUGAAUACGAUGAAAGAGCGUGGGCAGUGUCCUGAUGUUAUUACUUACAAUGCUUUGCUUAAUGGGUUCUGUAAGUUAGGUAAGAUCGAUGAGGCUUAUGGGCUUUUAGAAACCUUUGAGAAGGACGGAUAUGAUCUUGGCCUCAAAGGGUAUAGUAGUUUGAUUGAUGGUUUGUUUAGAGCCAAGAGAUAUGAUGAAGCAAUGUCGUGGUUUAGAAAAAUAAUGGAGGAAGAUCUUGAGCCGGAUGUUGUUUUGUACACUAUUAUAAUUCGGGGCUUGUCGGAUGCAGGCAGGGUUAAGGAGGCGUUGAAGUUGUUGGAUGAGAUGGCUGGGAGGGAUUUGGUUCCGGAUACUUAUUGUUACAAUGCUUUAAUUAAAGGGUUUUGUGAUAUGGGUCUUUUGGAUAAGGCUCAGUCUCUCCGACUUGAGAUUUCAAAGAAUGGUUGCUUCCCUGAUGCCUGCACUUACACCAUUCUCAUUUGUGGUUUGUGUAGGAAUGGGCUGGUUGGUGAUGCACAACAGAUAUUCGAGGAGAUGGAGAAGCUUGGUUGUGUUCCUACUGUCGUAACCUUCAAUGCUCUUAUUGAUGGCCUUUGUAAGGCAGGGGAGCUUGAGGAAGCUCAUCUUCUAUUCUACAAAAUGGAGAUAGGGAGAAAUCCUUCCUUAUUUCUUCGGCUUUCUCAAGGUGCCAAUCGGGUUCUUGAUAGUGCCAGCCUCCAAACAAUGGUGGAGCAACUGUGCGAUUCAGGAUUGAUUCUUAAGGCCUACAAACUUCUCAUGCAGCUUGCUGACAGUGGGGUUGUACCUGACAUCACAACAUACAACAUUCUGAUCAAUGGAUUUUGCAAGGCUGAGAACAUAAAUGGUGCUUUCAAGCUCUUCAAGGACCUGCAGCUAAAAGGGCUCUCUCCAGAUUCUGUUACAUAUGGAACACUUAUAGACAGGCUUCAAAGGCUUGAUAGAGAAGAGGAUGCAUUUGGGGUCUUUGAUCAAAUGGAAAGGAAUGGCUGUACACCUAGCUUUGCAGUUUAUAAAUCACUUAUGACCUAUUCAUGCAGGAAAAAGAAGGUUUCAUUAGCAUUUAGUCUUUGGUUAAAGUAUCUGAGGAACCUUCCUGGCAGCAAAGAGGAGGCCAUAAAAGCUGUUGAGGAACAUUUUGAGAAAGGAGAAGUGGAAAAGGCUAUUUGGGGCUUACUUGAAAUGGAUUUUAAAAGGAAAGAUUUUGACUUAGGGCCAUAUACCAUUGUGCUCAUUGGGUUGUGUCAGGCAAGAAGAGUAAAAGAUGCUACGAUGAUAUUUUCUGUUCUUGAGGAGUGUGAGGUUGUUGUCACUCCCCCAAGUUGUGCGAAGUUGAUUCGUUGUCUCUGCCAUGAAGAGAAGCUGGAGUUGGCGAUAAAAGUGUUCCUUUAUACUUUAGAGAAAGGUCUCAUGUUGACGCCACGAACUUGCAACCAGCUGCUUAAUUAUGUACUUCGUUCCCAAGAAAGGAACAAGUAUGUCCUGGACCUUGUAAGUAAAAUGAAGUCUUUCGGAUAUGAUUUGGAUGCUUAUCUUUACCGAUCUACAAAAUUCCUCCUAUAUGGUCAAUGGAACAUGCAGGAGAUUGAGAAUGCGUCCCCUGGAUGAUUAUUGGCAAUGGCAGACGAAUUGCAGCCAAUAAUGGAUCCUUUUCGAACAAUUCUUAAACAUUCUGUCCUCAUCAGGACAGCUGUUGUAAAAAAAAUAGUUUCAAUUUGAUAUUUAUAACCAACCCCAUUUCGGAGAUUCUUUUGCCAGCCUUGUAGCCCUUGGAGUAGGUACUUUGGGAGUGGAAUUGAUUUGUUCUAGUUAGUAUGAGAAAUAAAAUUGUUAAUACGACUAAGGAAGUGGAUGGCAUGGAUAAAUUCCUAUGCAUCUAGAAAUUUUUGUAAUGCAUACUUGAACCUUUUGUAACUUUGUUGGACCUAUUUUUGGUGAAAUGUAACAUUGUUGACUUGGGAGAGCACCAUAAAUCCAUUUUUAUCAUGAA